AUGUCCCACUUAACCUACUACAACUACCCGGGCGUCGGCGAACGCAACGCCCAGAACUUCAAAUACAGCCAAGCAGUCCGCAUAGGCGAUCGAAUCGAAUGUUCUGGACAAGGCGGCUGGGAUCCCAACACCGGCGAAUUUCACCGCGAAAUCAACGCCCAAAUCGCACAAGCCUUCGCAAACGUCGACCUAGCCCUGCGCACCGCCGGCGGAAAAGGCUGGGCCCAGGUGUUCCGUGUAAACUCGUACCAUGUGCCUAUUAACAACGAAGCGCUGGAGGCUAUGGUGCGAGGGUUCAGGGAGUGGGUGCCGGGACAUGAGCCUUUGUGGACUUGUGUGGGGGUUUCGAGAUUGGGGGAGGAUGAUAUGAGGGUUGAGAUUGAGGUUGUGGCGCAUGAUCCUUGA